AUAGAUGGAAUUGGUAUGGAUGAAACACUUCUGGAUGCUUUGCGUAAUGUGAUUUACAAGAUGGAGGCAGAUCCAGAAAAAGCGGCCCUAUGUCUUGAAGAGAGCAAAUUAUUUAGAGAGGGCAGCUACAGUUUUGGCCAACGAGCGGCUGUCGUCAGCAAACACAAUAUGAAUCCAGCUGAAUGGUGGGUGCAUUUUGGCGGAUCCGCGAGAAAUCUAAAGCGGAUAGCUAUCCGGAUCCUCUCCCAAACAGUCUCCUCUAGUGGAUGUGAGCGCAAUUGGUCCACCUUCGCCCUUAUCCACAGCAAACAAAGAAACCGUUUGACGCAAAAGCGCCUCAACGACCUUGUUUAUGUGCAUUACAAUUUGCGGUUGAGGCUAAAGUGCAUCCAGGAGGAAGUGGAGCUCAAGUAUACAGAUCCGAUUUACGGGUCCUUCACCGCUGAUGACGAUGAUCCACUACUCGGCUGGCUUGUAGGCCAGCAGCAGGAGCCCGAGCUUGACGAGCCAGGAUCGCCUCCACGACCAGCUACCUUCAUAGCCACCGAAGCUGGGGUCGAUCCAGAGCAAUGGGCUGAGCGCAAUAUUCCACGCACUCCCAGAGCUGAUCAGCCGCAGGCACAGGGGAGCCAGACAGAGAGGGCCAGGAAAGGAAAACAAAGAAUCCCAAUGGAGAGUGUCGAGGAAGAGACUUGGACUAGUAGCGAUGAAGGUUCUGGUGGUGAUGGAUCUUCUAGCCAUGGAGGGAGCGGAGGACAGUAUGGUACUCAUGAGACACAGCCGGAGGGUGGUCUUUAUUUCACCGGUGAGUCCCAAUUUAUGGGUGCUACACAGGAUACGGACCACGGUCGACCACCUGAUAGAGAUCGUGAGGAUAUUAUUGGAUAUAGAAGACGGGCUCCUCGAGGUCGUUCAGGAAGACAGGAUACGACUGCAGAUCCGAGGACAUACGGAUACGGAUUCUAUUAUCCACAGCCUCAGCCUGACGAAUACGGAUAUGGUGCAUUGGAUUUUGCUUCCGCCAUAUUUGGAUGGGCCCCUACACAAUCAGAGGACACCUCUCAGAGCCAGAGCGUGAGCGAGAGAUCCGACAGUUCUUAUAACCUGGCGCGUGUUCCUUCUGAUUGGGUUGAUUUGCCUCCUCCUGAUUAUACUUAUGAUCCAGAUAUCUACGAGAGCCAUCGGCACUCGUCCCGAUUUUAGAUAUCCUAGAGUACUUUAAAUGUAUGUAAAUGAUUGUAUCUUAAUUCGAAGAUAUUUUAUGUGUAUGAUUUUAUCAUUUCGAACGGGAGGAAAACGUAACAUGCAAUCAUGCAUCAUAUAUGUUUCAAAUUUCAACCCUAAAUUUAAAUAUGAAAAUAU